GACUAUUGUGCUCUACUGUUGUCAGUAAGGACUUGCUGCAGAGGGAAAUACACGCUUUUUGCUCAUCAACUGUUCUAUUGUGUAAGUCCGGUGAAAUUUAAAGUCGGGUUCCAAUUGGGUUUCUUGAUGUAAAGAUGACAAUUGUUAUUGGCAUGGAGGGGAGUGCCAAUAAACUUGGCGUUGGUGUCCUGCAGGACGGCAAAGUUUUGUCAAACGUACGUCGUACGUAUGUGACGCCUCCGGGCCAAGGUUUUUUACCUCGCGAUACUGCUGAACAUCAUCGACAACAUGUGCUUAGUGUCUUGCAAGAGGCCAUGGAUGAAGCCGGAAUUACACCAGACGACGUUGACUGUAUUUGCUAUACGAAGGGUCCCGGCAUGGGGGCACCUCUGGUUGCUGUUGCAUUGGUGGCUAGAACCGUAUCUCAACUGUGGAAUAAACCGAUAAUCGGUGUGAAUCAUUGUAUCGGGCACAUUGAAAUGGGUCGUAUGGUGACUGGAUCGGACAAUCCUGUUGUACUGUAUGUUAGUGGUGGGAACACGCAGGUGAUCGCGUACUCUCAGAGGAGAUAUAGAAUUUUUGGCGAAACGAUUGACAUUGCUGUUGGUAAUUGCCUCGAUCGGUUUGCUCGUGUUCUCAAGCUAAGCAACGACCCAAGUCCUGGAUACAACAUCGAACAAAUGGCAAAGAAGGGAACGCAGUAUGUCGAGCUACCUUACUCGGUCAAAGGCAUGGAUGUUGCUUUUUCUGGUAUUCUGUCUCACGUCGAGGCAAUCGCAAAGCACAAACUCGAAUCGGAAGAAUGUACGCCGGAGGACUUGUGUUUCUCACUUCAAGAAACAGUGUUUGCGAUGCUUGUGGAGAUCACCGAGCGUGCCAUGGCUCAUUGUGGCUCUAAGGAGGUCUUGAUUGUUGGUGGGGUUGGCUGCAAUGAGCGACUGCAAGAAAUGAUGAGGCAAAUGGCUAGUGAACGAGGAGCAAGUGUUUGUGCUAUGGACGAGCGAUAUUGUAUCGACAAUGGCGCUAUGAUUGCUCAAGCUGGAUGGGAGAUGUUUAAGACUGGGCAGAUAACGAAACUGGAGGACACGUGGUGUACUCAGAGAUAUCGAACCGAUGAAGUGGAGGUUACUUGGAGGGAGGACUGACUAUUUGGCUACUGUUAACAGUGGCAUGGGUCAUGGCUGUUGAAAGUUUUUGUUUAAUAAAACAGUGGGUGAAGGUAAUUUGGCUUGUUUGAAAAUGUAUGAGUUGUCAUUUGUUAAUUUAAGCUACAAACCUA